AUGGUUUCAGUGACUCCAGCCAUUGAUAGUGGAGUACAAGAAGAAAGGGUCUGCAUUGAACGGUGUCAAGUUGUCGAACGCAAAGUCCUCGAAAGUUUGCUCCAAGACGAAAACGACAACUCUCCAAGAAUCGAAACGGAAGUCGGUCUUCCGGAAGAGGAUCUCCUCGUUGAUUGGGAUGGUUCCCAAGAUCCUCAAAAUCCUCGGAACUGGUCGCCGACCAGAAGAUGGCUUGUCAUUAUGCUGAUCUCCGUCAUAACUUUCAAUCAAGCCAUGUCAAGUACCAUGUUCGCACCGGGAGCCGCGAGAGCAAUGGCAGACUUCCACUCCAGCAACGAAGUCGUGGCUCAGCUUUUGGUCUCAAUUUACGUCGUUGGACUUGCUGCAGGGCCACUCGUCCUGUCACCGCUCAGCGAGCUCUACGGACGAAUCCCGAUAAUGCAUGCCACCAAUCUGGCUUUCGUGGUCGGCGGGGUCUUGUGCGCGGUCAGCGUCGAUAUCCCGAUGUUGAUCUUGGCUCGGUUGCUUAUGGGCAUCAGCACCAUUUCGCUUGGUGGCGGCUAUGUUGCUGAUCUGAUGGCGCCAGAGGACCGCGGUCGAGCCUUGAACAUAUGGAAUAUCGGUCCAGUACUGGCACCAAUGGUGGGACCUGUCGUUGGUGGCUAUGUUACCCAGAAAAUCAGCUGGCGGUGGACGUUCGGGAUGCUGUCAAUAACGGGAACUUUUUGGUUGAUAAUCUGCGUAUUCUUUUUACGAGAGACAUAUGCACCAUGCCUCCUUGAAAGAAGAGCGCGAAAGCUGCGAACAUUGACAGGGCUGCAAUACCGUUCGAAGCUCGACGAUGGAAUUGCACCGAAGAAGCGCUUACUGGCGUCGGUUGCGAGGCCAUGGAAAAUGCUCAUCUUUUGCCCGGUGAUCAUCAUCUUGUCUCUAUUUGGAUCAGUUGCAUAUUGCUUCAUGUACCUGAUGUUCUCCACACUGACGGAGGUAUUUGUGAGCACUUAUGGAUUUACGGAAGGACAAGCCGGUCUCACUUUCCUCGGUCUUGGAGUGGGGUCUCUCCUCGGACAACUCAUGCUGGACUUCUGGAUGCGCGGGCAAACAAGAGACCGCAACAGGACCGGGCGGGAGCUAUUAGCAGAGGACCAUCUGCCGCCUCUUAUAAUAUCCGGCGUCCUCAUUGCUUGUGGUCAGUGUUGGUAUGGCUGGUCCUUGCAUUACGUCUGGCAUUGGAUCGUUCCCGUCACAGCGACCGGAGUCACCGGACUUGGCAUCAUAUUCGCAUUUCAAGCAGUCCAAGGCUACCUGGUCGAGGCUUACACAAGCUAUGCAGCCAGCGCGCUUGCAGUGAGCGUGGCCGUGCGAUGUGUCUUCGGCUUGACGGUACCUCUUGCAGGCCCGAGAAUGUACGAAGAGCUUGGGUAUGGCUGGGGCAAUACGGUACUGGCACUGAUCGCACUCAUGAUGGUGCCGGCGUCGAUGCUUCUUCAGCGAUUUGGACCACGAAUUCGGGGAGCUUCUUGA